AUGACCGACGUCAACGAGUUAUUCAAGAGUGCCAGCGGCGUUAGCAAGAGGAAACUUGACGCAGUACGAGACCCAAAUGAGAUCUACAAAUCAGCCAAACUGAGCGCCAGUGACAGCCGGCACGCGCAAGUCGAAGACGAAGCCGAAGACGAUGACGUUGCCGCCGGACCGACCCGCCCACCCGAAGAUGGCGAAGACGACGACGACGGCGACUACGGACCCGAGAUGCCCCCCGACGACGACGAGGGCCGGUUCUUCGGCGGAGGAAUCACGAAGCAGGAAUCCGAGAUCCUCGACUACGUAGACGGCCGCGGCGAAGACUCCGCGGCCCCCGAAAAGGUCGACGCCGCAUGGGUCAGGAAAACGGCCCUCAACUUCGAGAAGCGCAUCACCAAGAACGCGGAGCUGCGUGCAAAGUUCGCCGACGACCCGCAGAAGUUCAUCGAGAGCGAGGCCGACCUCGACGCCGCCAUCAAGGACCUCUCCAUCUUGGCGGAACAUCCCGACCUAUACCCCCAAUUCGUCAAGCUGGGCUGCGUGGACAGUCUCGUCGGCCUGUUGGCUCACGAGAACACUGACAUCGCCAUCGACGCCGUGGAAAUCAUCGGCGAGCUCACGGACGAGGACGUCUACGCAACAGACGAGGACUGGGAUAAGCUGGCCGACGCGCUCUUGAAUGCGGACCUCGUUGGGCUGCUCGUGUCCAACUUCUCUCGUCUGAACGAGGACGACGAGUCUGACCGCAACGGAGUGUAUCACGCGCUUGGUGUCAUAGAGAAUCUGUUAUCGAAGAGAGCGAACGCAGAAAAGGUCGGGCAGGACACAACCCUGAUCAAGUGGCUCCUGGAGAGGGCGCAACGCAAGGAGUCGCCAGUAUCCCAGAAUAAGCAAUAUUCCACGGAACUACUAGACAUCAUCGCUCACACCUCGCCGUUAACGCGACGCAGAUUGGCCGAGCUGGACGCCAUUGAUGUCUUGCUACAACUUGUCUCAGCAUAUCGAAAACGCGACCCCGAGAAAGGAGGCGAAGAAGAAGAGUACAUGGAGAACCUGUUCAACGCGCUCGUGUGCAUCGUCGACGAACCGGAAGGCAAGACCAAGUUUCUCGAAGCCGAGGGCAUCGAACUGUGCUUGAUUAUGCUGAAGGAGGGCAAGAUGAGCAAGCAACCAGCGAUGCGCCUUCUUGUGCACAGCGUCAGCGGCGACAUGAGGGGGGAGGUCUGUCAGAAAGUGGUUGAGGCUGGUGGACUCAAGGUGCUCUUCACUAUGUUCAAGAAGUCGACACAGCAUCGGAUGAUCAACGAGAGUUUAUUCGACAUCUUCAGAUCUCUGCUCAGGUUUCUCCCCGCCAACUCUGCCGAGAGAAUCCGGACGCUAGCCAAGUUUGUGGAGAAGGACUACGAGAAACUGAACCGACUCUAUGACUGCAGGAAGACGUACAAGUCGAUGCUUGAUGCAGUGGACAAGGAGAUUGAGAAGGAGCGAAGAAAGAUGAGCCCGGAGGAUGCCGAGCUUUCAGAAGGCGAAUGGUUUCUCAGGAGGAUUGAGGAAGGCCUCUACAGCGUCUGGGCCAUUGAUGUCACAUUGGCAUGGCUCAUCGCCGAGGACGCAGGUGCCAGGAAACGGAUUCAGAAACUGCUUGCCGCGGACGGCCAAGACCUGGCUGCCGUCAAAGCAACAUUGCAAGAAUACCGGGAGGAUUUAGAUCUCGACAAGCCCGAGCAUAAGGACUUGGCAGAGAUGCUCACGACACUGAUGGAGUUUCUGCGCUGA